AUGUCUGGUGAUGAUUAUUAUCAUUUCCCAAACAAUGCGGACAAAGAAGUGAUCUCUUCCUCUUGGAUCGAGAAGAAUAUACAGAUUGGUCCCUUGGGUGACAGCCCUUCUUUGUUGUAUAUGAUCCCCAAUGGUCUUUCUGACCCCGAGCACCCGGAGUGGGGAUCAUGGGGAGGUCGAUACGACCCUGUUGUAUGGGGUGAGGGCCACUUCGCGGAUAGUAUAGAUAUUCUGGUCGACGAAGACGGACGCACCAUGAUGGGCUCGCAGGUCACAAUUUGGCGAUGGAGGACAGCUUUCCAAAAUGACUUCAAAGCACGCAUGCAGUGGACGAUCCAGCCUGCUUUCGAUCAGGCAAAGCACGCACCCCUUGCAAUUGUCAAUGGAAGUUCCACCCGUGAGGUCUUGGAAUAUAUUGUUAUUCCAGAACAGGAGAUCACCUUCGACGCGUCGCAUUCCUGUAGUCCCGAUGGCGACGUGCUCUCCUACAAGUGGUGGCAAUAUCUGGAGCCGAGCUCCAAUCUCAACACGCCUAAACGGGAUGUGACUGUUUUGGAAAUCAAGGAUGCCGACUCGGCCACCAUCUCCAUUGAUCUCCCUUCGACCGAGACGCUGCGAAAGGCUGGUAGAGGUGUUCAUCCUCACGCGGAUAAACACUUGCAUCUCAUCUUGGAGGUCUCGAGUGGCUCACAGGUCGCCUACCGACGAAUCAUCCUUACUAUCAAGGGAGGCACUGAGGGUUCGCGGUCCAUCGGAUCAGCGGACCACGAUGACCUUUAA